AUGGCGAGCCGCGAGCACACGGGAUCCACCAACGUGGUUUACCAAGCCCACCAUGUCAGCAGGAGUAAGAGAGGACAAGUGGUCGGCACCAGGGGAGGAUUCCGAGGCUGCACCGUUUGGCUCACAGGCCUUUCUGGAGCUGGCAAGACAACCAUUGGCUUUGCUCUGGAGGAGUACUUGGUGGCUCAUGGCAUCCCCUGCUACUCCCUGGAUGGUGACAACGUCCGGCAUGGCCUGAACAAGAACCUGGGCUUCUCGGCCCAGGACCGCGAGGAGAACAUCCGGCGCAUCGCCGAGGUGGCGCGGCUCUUCGCCGACGCGGGGCUCGUCUGCAUCACCAGCUUCAUCUCCCCCUUCACCAAGGAUCGUCGAAAUGCACGAAAAAUUCACGAGGCAGCUGGACUUCCUUUCUUUGAAAUCUUUGUAGAUGCUCCUCUAAAUAUUUGUGAAAGCAGAGAUGUGAAGGGCCUGUACAAAAAAGCAAGAGCUGGAGAGAUCAAAGGAUUCACGGGCAUUGACUCAGAGUACGAGAAGCCCGAAGCUCCCGAGCUGGUGCUGAAAACAAACGAUGCAUCGGUAUCUGAGUGCAUCCAGCAGGUCGUGGAGCUCCUGCAGGCACAGAACAUCGUGCCCCAGGGCUCAGUCAAGGAUGUUCUGGAGCUCUUUGUGCCUGAGGAUAAACUCAGCAGUGUCCAGGCUGAGGCAGAGAAGCUGCCAGCACUGGAGAUCACUAAGCUGGAUCUGCAGUGGGUGCAGGUGCUGAGCGAAGGCUGGGCCACUCCUCUGACAGGAUUCAUGAGGGAGGCUGAGUACCUGCAAGUGCUGCACUUUGGCACCCUGCUCAACGGAAAGAGGCGCUUGGGAGCUGAUGGUGUGGUGAACCUGAGCGUGCCCAUCGUGCUGGCCCUGUCAGCAGAGGACAAGCAGCGUCUGGAGGGCAGUGCAGCGCUGGCGCUCAGCUUCCAGGGCCGCCGGGUGGCCGUGCUGCGCCGCCCCGAGUUCUUCGCGCACAGGAAGGAGGAGCGCUGCGCCCGCGUCUGGGGCACCACCUGCCCCCGCCACCCACACAUCCAGAUGGUGAUGGAGAGUGGAGACUGGCUGGUUGGUGGAGACCUGCAGGUCCUGGAGAAGAUCAAAUGGAAUGAUGGGCUGGACCAGUACCGCCUGACCCCGCUGGCUCUCAAGCAGAAGUUCAGGGAAAUGAAUGCUGACGCCGUUUUCGCCUUCCAGCUGCGCAAUCCCGUUCACAACGGGCACGCGCUGCUGAUGCAGGACACACGGCGCCAGCUCCUCGAGAGGGGCUACAAGAACCCCGUGCUGCUGCUGCACCCUCUGGGGGGCUGGACCAAGGAUGAUGAUGUCCCCCUGGAGUGGCGCAUGAAGCAGCACGCUGCUGUGCUGGAGGAGCAGGUCCUGGACCCCAAGUCCACCAUCGUGGCCAUCUUCCCCUCUCCCAUGCUCUACGCCGGCCCCACGGAGGUGCAGUGGCACUGCCGGGCCCGGAUGGUGGCGGGGGCCAACUUCUACAUCGUGGGGCGUGACCCGGCGGGAAUGCCGCACCCCGACACGCGGCAGGACCUGUACGAGCCCACGCACGGCGGGAAGGUGCUGAGCAUGGCCCCCGGGCUCACCUCCGUGGAGAUCCUCCCCUUCCGAGUGGCUGCCUACAACAAGCUCAAGAGAGCCAUGGAUUUCUACGACCCCAAAAGGCACGAUGACUUUGACUUCAUCUCAGGAACACGCAUGAGGAAGCUCGCUCGGGAAGGGGAGAACCCCCCAGAUGGCUUCAUGGCCCCCAAAGCCUGGAAAGUCCUCACCACCUACUACCAGUCACUGGAAAAAAAGAAUUAACUCCUCCUCCUCCUCCUCCUCCUCCUCCUCCUCCCUAGAAAUACCUGUAUUAAUAGCGAGCAAUGAUCGAUUGAUUCCCUGUGACACAGAUCACUUGGCAUGACCCUGGCCUUUUCCUACCUGGGUCAGUGUUUUUUACCAAUCAGAAAUUCUUUCAGCCUGAUCCUUCUCCCCCUGAAGCUGCUGGUGGUGUCCCCAUGGAGUGGAAGGGAUGGGGAGAGGGCACCAGGAUGUGCCAUGGUGCUGCCAGGGCCACUCAGCAGCUGCCAGUGCAGAGGGGACCAGGAUAAAUCCUGCCCAUGCCCUGCCUGGAGCAGAAAUGAAGAAGUGCCCUUCCACCUUGUGCCUUAGACAGUUUUUGCUAAUUAACAGCAGAAUCUUUUUAAUGCCUCUUUUUAUACAAAGGACUUUUUAAGAUCAGCUGUGACCACCUCCAAUUCCUUGUGGCUGAGCCAACUCCUCACUGCUUCCUUCCUUCCUUCCUUCCUUCUUCCUGCUUGACCUCUUUGGUCAAACAAAUCCUGGGCUGAGCAUUCCUGUUGCUUCAAGUUCAGGAGCCUGUGAGGAUGUGCCUUGGUGAUC